AUGGAGCAGUGGAACUCGAACUCGACUCAAGGCGCUAGGGAUAUCAUUUUGGCUAGUCAGACUGUACACGAAAUUAGCACACAGAUAUCCUUCGAGACAAAUAUUACCUUUAAUACAAGUCUGUUUGACAAACUAGAACACCUUUACCGAAAUAACAAAAAGCUUUCAGUAGAAGAGAGAGCAGGUGAAGUUCUUAAAAAGCCGACAUGGACGUUAUCGUUCCUUAUCUUUAUAUUAGGUCUACUUGCAAACAGUUUUACAAUUCAAGCCAUUAUGAAUAUUCCAAAGCAUCAUAGAUCAGCACAUUUGAAAUUUAUCAUUAGCCUUGCGUGUUCAGACACUUUGAUUUUGAUUGCAAUAUUCUGCGGUGACAUCAUUUAUAUAUUUUCGUCACUUCACAGCGAUUGUACUAGAUUGUUGAAAACCUUGAUGUUGGACGUACCACUGUUGGCCACUCUGCUAAAUUUAUUAGCAAUGGCUUUGGAUCACUAUCUAGCGAGCUUUAGACAGCUGCACUAUCCCCAUCUUAUGACAAGAUCGCGUGGCAAUUACGUUAUUUGUUGUAUUUGGCUGUUUAGUGUCGCCUCGGCUUUAACUGAAUUUGUUAUAGGAAUAGAUUUAAGUGCCAAUACGUUUGGUUCAUUUUGCAUGGCCAUUGCUUAUGACUCGUAUAACAUUGAGCAGUUUAUUGUUGGUACCAUUUUCGUGGUGCUACUUUUCAUCAUCCUAAUUUAUAUCAGGAUGUACAUUCAUGUGAGGCGAUCUCUUCCUGGAAGAUCAAGACAUAAGCGACAAAGCGUAACGCCUAGUUUGAAAACGCUAGUGACAACUAUACUUUUUAUCGGCACUUUCGUUUUCUUUUGGACACCCGAGGGUAUCUUUCAAAUCUACAUGUAUUUGAGGACGAAGGCCGAUGAAAACUUUAUACACGAACAUUUUGAAGAUAUAACUCAGAUCAGUGAUAUUUUAUUUCUCAUCCUUCAGCUUAAUUCACUGGCUGACCCGAUUAUUUACGCUAUCCGACUCCCUAAGGUACAACAAGGAUUAAAAACUUUAUUUUGUAAGAAGGUUGAACGUGAUCAAGAUAUUGAUAAGUGUAACAUGCAACUUAAACAGACAAAUGUAACCAAUUUAACAUGCUUAAACAACUUAAACAAACAUAUUUGA